UUUUCAAAAAUGGCUUCAAAUAAUUUUUCGAGCAAUUUCACUUCUGAACAAACAUCUGAGAAAACAGGAAAACCCGAGCAAUUUAAAAGUUCUCGUCGAGAAAUAUCAAGUUUAAUGAAAGAGAAGCAGCCUCAACAACUAGUACCUACAACAAUCCAACCUCCUAUUCUACGACGAAAUAAUUCUCUCAGCUCGUUGUUAACUAGUGAGAACCGCCAGCAAUCGAAUAGUCUGAAAAAUCGAUCAAAGAAUAAUGGACAAAAUUUUAAGAAUUAUGAUUCUUCGUCAAUUUGUGAUGCGGGUUCAACUUCAACUAGCCAUCCAAUUAUUCGUCGUAAUUCUUCUUCCUAUUUCCAGUUUGCCGAUGAAUUGACAGCUUCCCGUACCAAUAAGGGACAUAAUAAACAAUUUUCUUUAAAUCAACAAUACAACAUACCUUCUGAUAUGAAAUAA